CUGGGUUUGUAAUAACUGCCGGAAACAACAGGAGAUCCUAACCAAGCCGGGUGAUUGGUUCACUGGUUCAUCAGGAAAGCCUACAGCUCUUGGUUCGGCCAUCAGUGAGCCAUCUGUUUCCCUAGCCCCCGGUGAUAAGAAGCUGCGCUCCCACUCCCAAGCCCCUCCGGGCUCCACAUCAUCCUUAGAACCAAACCCAGCCAGUGUACCAGGGAGCACAGCUGGAACAGAUAUCCGAUCACAGAGCGAACCACCAAGAGACACGAGAAAUGGAAGAGGCGGUGCAGGAACCGGUCGGGGAGACCGCAGGACAGGCCAUGCCAAGCUGGAGACCCAGGUUUCUAUGGAUCGAGAUCUCCGGGGUGAAUCUAGGGAACGCAGGGAAAGCCGCCGGCUUACAAAAGGAGGUUCUUUGGAGGUUGAUCCUGUGGGAGGAAGUGAUGCAGUGAGGCGGACACUAGAGGGGGGCUACCAAAACAUGAACCAAAGCGGUGGCCCCCCUUUCCAAGCAGGGCCAGUUCCUACUGGAAGCCAGGGCCAUCUUUUACCAGUGCAAGGUUGUGGCAGUGGAAUUAUGGGGAAGAUGAGAGAUGUCUUAGUGUCUGGACAGAGGACAGCUGGAGGGCUGCAUGAACACAACCCUGCCCUAAAAGACAAAACCCCAGAACUCAGAAAAUCUUUGGGUAUAACUGGAUCAACCCCAGGCCAGGGACCUGUAGUGAAACGAACCAAAAGGGACAAGGCAGACAGCAUGCUGCGCAAUGAUUCGCUAAGCUCAGAUCAAUCCGAAUCUUUACGUCCACCGCCACCCAGGCCAUAUAAAUCCAAACGAGGGCUUGGUUCCGGAGGCAAAAGACAAACCAGCGUCAGCAGCUCAGAGGAGGAGGGAGGGACCACACCCGAGUACAGCAGCUGUGAGGAUGCUGAGAUCGAAAGUGUCAGUGAAAGAGGGGACUGGGAGUGCUACCCUCAUGACCCCACUGUAUGGCAUUUGCAGCAUCCUGUUACAUGGCAGCCCUCAAAGGAGGGUGACCAUCUGAUUGGCAGAAUCACCCUAAGUAAGAGGAGCGCAACCAUGACAAAAGAAGCUGGCAGUCUGCUGGGGUUGAAGGUGGUAGGAGGAAGAAUCACAGAGUCAGGGAGAUUAGGUGCCUUCAUCACCAAGGUGAAGAAGGGCAGCCUGGCUGAUGUGGUUGGGCAUCUGAGAGCAGGGGAUGAGGUUUUACAGUGGAAUGGGAAGCUGCUACCAGGAGCCACCAUGAAGGAAGUUUACAACAUCAUCCUCGAAUCUCAAGCUGAACCACAAGUGGAGCUAGUUGUUUCCAGGCCUAUUGGUGAUAUACCAAGGAUCCCAGACACGUCCCACCCUCCAUUAGAAUCUACAGGUUCAAGUUCAUUUGAGUCCCAGAAGAUGGAGAGACCAUCCCUCAAUCUUUUAUCCCCCACCAGUCCUGGAAUGGUUCUAGACGCUCCACGGCUAAUGCCAGGAAAACUUUCUGUGAAGCUGUGGUACGACAAAGUAGGUCACCAGCUAAUAGUCAACGUGCUACAGGCGCUAGAACUCUCUCUUCGGCCGGAUGGACGUCCCAGAAGCCCCUACGUUAAAAUGUACUUCCUUCCUGACCGCAGUGACAAGAGCAAGCGCAGGACAAAAGCGGUGAAGAAGACCUGCGAGCCCAAGUGGAACCAAACAUUCGUCUACACUCACAUCCAUCGUAGGGAUUUCCGCAAUCAUAUGCUGGAGCUGACUGUGUGGGACCAGCCCAGGUCACCAGAAGAGGACAGCAUAUUUAUAGGAGAAAUCCUUAUUGAGCUGGAGACAGCCUUGCUGGACGACAAGCCACACUGGUAUCCACUCCAAACCCACGAUGUCUCAUCCAUACCCCUUCCACGACCCUCACCGUACCUGUCUCGUCGACACAUACACACAGACAAUCCUUGCAGGAAGCUGCAGCGUUCUCAGCGUGUAACAGAGCCUGAAUAUGAGGGUACAGCAGUAGUGUCUAAAGCAGAGGGGCGUGGCAGGGAGCGACAGCGGGAGCCCACAGCCACCCUGGCGGUGCCUGAGCUUCAGAGAACGCCCUCACAUCAUAUCCGUUCCCGCUCAGUCUCCCCACACCGUGAAGAGCAGGGAUCCAUGCGGUCCCGACCAGCCAACGUCCCUGCACAAAGGAGUCUAGACGACGAGCUUUCCCACUCUGUGCGUUCUCGUUCUCCAAACCGCUACUAUGACUCUGCUAGAAGUCGCCACAAGGAUAAAGAGUAUCUGGAUGACAGUGAAGUCAUCAUGAUUCACCAAUCAAUGCGAGGCAAAAGUGCUGAGUGCAUCCACUCCAGGAUGUCAACUAGGCACUAUAAAACCCUCCCAACCAAGAUGCCACUCGUAUUCAACAAAACCCACAGCAUGAAAAGUGAUCUUCAACCUUCUCUGGACAGGGUUAGGAGUGCUAGCACCAACUGUCUGACUCCAGAAAAUCAUGCCCUCUCACCCGAGUUGGAAAGGGGUCACCAUCAAGGUGCAUCGCUUUCCUCUUCAGUGACGUCAUCUUCAGCUCACAAAGUGAGGCAGCUCCCCCAGCUUCCCCCAAAGAGUAACAGUGUAGAACAAGCCCUGGUAGCAGAGGAGCGAGUCCGUCAACUCCAGAUGAGGGUUCAUUCCAACCGGAUGUCAGCUGCCAAUACUUCCAGCCAGCAGGACCUCGAUAGAGCCCUCAAGAGCAAACGAGAGCUCUACAAGGACCACAGGACGAGCAGCGAGAAUGCUUCCCAUAAGUCCUCAGAUAGUGAUGUCAGCGACGUGUCAGCCAUCUCUCGAACCAGCAGUGCCUCUCGCAUUAGUAGCACCAGCUACAUGUCCAUCCAGUCAGAGAGACCCCGAGGACGCUUCAGUCGAGCCAUGCGUGUGACGGGUCGCCACAUGAUGAAGAGCACCAGUGUGAGUGGCGAGAUCUACGGCAUGGAGCAUGCAGAUGGCAGCCAAUCCGACACCGCCCUCGGGAGCUUAGGAAACGGGAUCAAAAACCGGCGCUCGAGCCUCAGCCAACGUGUUGUUGCCAUCCUGCCAUCGAGGCGCAGUCGGAGUACUUCGCAGCUCAGCCAGACAGAGGCAGCGGGUAAGGCGGCAGAGAGACAGAAAGAGUCAACAGCAGGUAAGAAGAUGUCUAAGGCUGGCAGCAGCAGCAUCCAAAGGAGCGUGGAGACAGGCAGGGCGGUAGAGUACCCGCGAGGAGGGUCAGCCAUGAACCGUCAGGCCAGUAGGGAAUCUACUGAUGGCAGCAUGAACAGCUACAGCUCUGAGGGAAAUCUAAUCUUCUCAGGGAUGAGGUUGGGUGCCGACAGCCAGUUCAGUGACUUUCUGGAUGGUUUAGGGCCCGGUCAGCUGGUGGGCCGACAAACAUUGGCAACACCUGCAAUGGGUGAUGUUCAAAUUGGUUUGAUGGAUAAGAAAGGACAGUUGGAAGUGGAGGUGAUCAGGGCACGAGGCCUUACCCCCAAACAGGGCUCCAAAUCUCUCCCAGCUCCCUACGUCAAGGUGUACCUGCUGGAUAAUGGAAAUUGUAAAGCCAAAAAGAAGACGAAAAUUGCACGAAAGACCCUGGAGCCUCUGUACCAGCAGCAUCUGGUCUUUGAUGAGAGUCCUCAGGGCAAGGUGCUUCAGGUGAUAGUGUGGGGCGACUAUGGACGUUUGGACCACAAAUGUUUUAUGGGUGUAGCACAGAUCUUACUUGAGGAUUUAGAUCUAUCAAGCACGGUGAUCGGAUGGUACAAACUCUUUCCACCUUCCUCGUUGGUGGAUCCUACUUUAGCGCCACUUACACAACUGGCGUCUCAGACAUCAUUGGACAGCUCAGGACCACCCCCAGGUGUUCGGUCCUAGUGACCGUCAUGACACGAACCCUCCAUCAUCCCCUUAAAUGACAAAAUAGAGAAACUAUUGGACCACGAUGGGUGGCAGAAGAUGACGUUGGUCAAACAAUAAAAGCCAGACAGAGAGACAGUGAAUGAGAGAGAGAUAGAACCAGCCAAUCAACGCUUCGAAGGAGUCUGACAAUCAUUUCUCACACUUCCCCUUCUUUCUCUACCUGAGCUUUUGUUUUGCAAGCUUUGUCAUUUGUGCUCCUCUGGGCUGCAGGUUUAUGUCCACCUUCAUAAUAUUUCCUCUGUGUUGGAUUGCUUUCAUUUUUUUUGUGCACCUGAUCAAAGUCCUGCACUUAGUAGCGAGGAGUGCUAUAAACCAACGGGUGUCAAACCUUUUUCACCAAGUACCACCUCAAAAACACUUGGCUCUCCAAGUACCGUCUCAAUGACCAACAUUAAAAUAAAGUAGCGUAGUAGGCAUGAGUAUUUGUUAAAAACAAGGCAGAGGUUUUAUUUACCAAGUAGAUUUAAUAUUUUUGGCCAUUGUAACCGUACACUCAGUUUGAACGGUAACACUCUGUUUGAAUAUAUAAUUAAGUGACUUUUUUUUUGAUGCACCACUAAAUGGAAUCACUGCUAUAAACACUAUUGGGGUCACGUAAGGUCCAAAGUGAACACCUUCCAUGCAGAUCAAUGCCUGCCUGGAUGUCCACUGGCAUUGCUGUGGCAUCAGGGUAAGUCCAGCUGGGCACGAGGGCCUGCUGUUUGCAUGACUGGGUCCACUUUCUAGGUGAGAAAAGGCCUACACACACACACACACACACACACACACACACACACACACACAUAUUCACACACUCAUCCUUUGUCUUGUUGGGAGAUAUGAACGCAAGCACAAGAAGAGCUUGAAUCUUUUGUUGAGGCGGAGGCAACAAAGAUUUUGAUCUUUGGUGUGAACAAGAGAUAAUGGAGGCCAAAAUGACGCAUUGUUUAUGCUUAAUUUCACCAUUUUUUACCGUCUUAGCUUUCCGAAAAGUAACAUAUAGUGCAAAAUCCGUCUGAUUUUGUUAAUUUUUUGUUUUCCCACUACAGACUGCGGUCCGGUCAGAUUCGCCCGAACACCCAAUGCCCCUCUACCCUAU